AAUUUUGUAUUUUUAGUAGAGACAGGGUUUCUCCAUGUUUCCUGGGCUUACCUUAAAGGGCAAGACUCAGCCAAAGGUGGAAAAGUUGAAGGGGUGUUCCCAGCAGAGAAGAUGACACAAAUAAAGGCACCAACCACAAAACGUCAUACGUAAACAUCAUACGUGUCAACCACAAGUCAAUCAGUUGGAUAUUUCAUUCGCUGGUGUACUAUGGACUGUAAGAUGAGUCACGAGAGAUGCGAUUCCAUCCUGACGUCUUCCGCAAACUCCAGACUGGUAUAACCAACUUCUUCCAAGUCUGAAAUGAUCUCAAACUGAGUAUGUCCCAAAGAGAAUUCUUGUUUCCCCCACUCUACUCAAGUACUCCAAACCUGCUCAACCACCAGCCCAUGCCAUUCAUCCAGUUGCUCCUCCCAAAAACCUUAGUGGCUCCUCAGGGCCUCUUUUUCCUCCCCACACCCCUUCUAAUGUAUCAGUCAGGCCAGCCAGUUCUGUAUUCAGCCUGACUGUAUCUGGAGCCUGACUGCUUCUCACUACUUCCAUUACUGCCACCCAAGCCUACGCCAUCCUGAUCUUCUGCCUUGACUAUUGCUUUCCUGGCUUCUAUUCUAGCCUUUAAUACAGGCAGGCCUGCAUAGCAGCCAAAAUGCUUUUUGAAAAACAAAAAGUAAAUGUGAUUCUCCUACUCAAAACCCACCAAUAGUCUCCUAUGACUCUCACAACAACCUGUAAGCCCAGCCUACAGUUUACCCCAUGUCCUUAUCUGAUUUGACUCCUGGCCAUCUUAAUGACUCUGCUAUCCUGCCACCUUGUAGGUCCUCUAAGCUACCAAAGGUGUCCCUGCCUCAGGAUCUUUCCAUUUACUAUUUUCUGCAAGGAAAACUCAUUGCCACAUCAUCCCAUUUUCAGUUCCCGAUCACAUUCAGAUGUCUGCUCAUACACAUCUUCCCUCAACCUUGCCUGCCCAUCCUGUCUAAAAGAGCACCCCUUGCCCCUGCUCCUGUCACUCUCUACCUCCUUCUCCUGCUCUAUUUUUCUCUAUAGCACUUAUCACUCACUACCCGGAAAAAAAAACAAAACUUGUUUAAUGCCUGUCUUUACCACACCACUGGCAUGUAAAUUCAUCUUACUCUCUUCUAUCCCUAGUGUCUAGACUAGUUGGCCUAGUAGUAGUAGUAGGACAUAGUAGGUACUCAUUAAAUAUUAAAUAAUAGUAAGUUCUCAUUAAAUAUUUGUUGAAGGAAUGAAUGUACUUAUAUAUAACACUGUGGAGCUUGACUUCUGUAGGUGAUGGGGAAAUGCGGGUAGAUGUCCAUUUCAGGUAGAUCAUUCUGACAGUAACCUAGUACAUUUCAGGUAGAUCAUUCUGACAGUAACCUCGUACAUUUCAGGUAGAUCAUUCUGACAGUAACCUAGUACAUUUCAGGUAGAUCAUUCUGACAGUAACCUCGUACAUUUCAGGUAGAUCAUUCUGACAGUAACAUAGUACAUUUCCGGUAGAUCAUUCUGACAGUAACCUCGUACAUUUCCGGUAGAUCAUUCUGACAGUAACCUCGUACAUUUCAGGUAGAUCAUUCUGACAGUAACCUCGUACAUUUCAGGUAGAUCAUUCUGACAGUAACAUAGUACAUUUCCGGUAGAUCAUUCUGACAGUAACCUCGUACAUUUCCGGUAGAUCAUUCUGACAGUAACCUAGUACAUUUCAGGUAGCUCAUUCUGACAGUAACCUCGUACAUUUCAGGUAGAUCAUUCUGAUGCUAACCUCGUACAUUUCAGGUAGAUCAUUCUGACAGUAACCUCGUAUAUUUCAGGUAGAUCAUUCUGACAGUAACGUAGUACAUUUCCAGUAGAUCAUUCUGAUGGUAAUGUAAAGAAUGGAGUGGGAUCAUGACAGGGAAAAUAGAGACAAAGACAAGAGAUCACUGGAAUGGACUAGGUGAAAGACCCUGAGGGUAAGGCAGUCCACCUUCCACACCGCUGCCAGCAUUGCCUUUCUCUUAAACACACAUGGGCACACAAACACACAUAUACACAUGUGAAUGUGCACACACAGAUCAGGUCAUGGUCCUUCCAGUGUUAAUAAGCACAUACUGGCUGCAAGUACUACAAAAACAAUUUGAUGUAAUUUAAGCAUAAGGGAUGCUUAUUAAUAGAAAGCAGGAUGACCAGACUCACAGACCCCCAGAGCACGGAUGCUUUAGAAUCUUACAGAAAGUGCUGAGGACUAGGACCUGAGAAGCCAUUAUAAACCGACACUCUCCUUUAUCUCUUAUUUCUGCAUCUCUCAGUGUAUCUGCUUUGUUCUUCUGUCUUUCUCUGGUCCAGUUUUCCUGGUAAUGGUAUAGAAGAUGGCUGCCCUGGCAGCCUCUCCGUUUUUACAUCUUCUUCUUUAAGAAACCAGCCCAAUCUGAACUGAAAUCUUCUAUCCUGAAUUCCAUAUAUCUGAGAGAUGGGCAGGUCCUCUGGGACUAUCAGCUAUGUCUACAGGAAUGAAGUACAAACAUGCCUGCUGGGGGUCAUUGUGAGCUGAACAGAUACCCUAAAGGAGUCUGUUGAACAUCCUACCCUUUGGUUCCCCAUGGUCCCUCCUCUAUAACACACACAUCCUUAUUCCUAUUUAUACAUUCUAAAGAUGUUCCCAGUGAUGCAUUCUGUUCCCAGUAAUGAAUUCUAGGUAUACCGAAACCAAAUUCAGUCACACUUAACUUCUGCCAAAGUCAUAUCUAGCCACUUCACCCUGAGAUAAUGCGAUGGAGCCAUUCAUUCUCCAAGGCCAUUACCAAGUUCCUUGCCAAGCCUCUAGGUAAUGUCUACUGUUUUGGUCUGUAUCCAGUUCAGGUAGGCAAUCACUGGACCAGUGAUAAAAUUGGCUUCUACACAUCCAGCAAACAGUGGAAGAACUAAAAUAGUAAACUGCAAUAAAUACUAACGAUAAAAGGAGAAAAAAGGAGGAACUCUCCACACCAGCACCAUAAAUUAGUUACCAGCCCAGAACAAAUCUAUACUGGAAGAGAAUUCUAAAUGAAAUGAUAGGAUUAGUGAAUCCCAUUCCAUCUGUUUCACCCAUUUCUUUAGUGGCAGAAUGUGUUCCUUGGCCACCCUUCCUGGUUUCCCCAGAUUCUGUGCCCUGGGUGGAUUGCCCUUGGCUGGAGGGCUUUAAGAGUAGAGGCUAGAGUCUUGGCAAUCCAUUUCCACAUUGAAGUGGGCCUGCAGAUUGCCAGAGAGACUAAGAAUCAGUGUGUUGUUUGAAUUAGUCAUAGUUCUCAUAGUGCACGCUUGUGAUCUUUCUGUGGUUUCAUUCUGUAUAAACUUUAUUGGCUCUCAGUUUCAUUUGUGAGAAUUCUAAGAUUCUGCAAUCUUGUCGGGUCAGGCUCUGUGAGUCCUCAGGGUUGCUAAACCCCCUAGAAAGGAGCCUGGGGAGCCCUGCUGGCCAUCACUAUUCUUGGUGCCAGCUACAGAUGAAAACCAAGGGGCUCUUCCCUAAAAUACUUCAGCCUUCAUGACACACCCUUAGGCAUCUCUCCCUCUCCGAAUCUGUACAAUUCCUGAUUCAGAUGGUGAGGGAUACCAAACUGUCCAAAUGUAUGUGGUCCAUGAGUUUCAGAUAACACAUAGCAAGAGUUCAGAUAGUGAGAGAUGCCUGUGUAAAAGUCCUCAGUGUGGCUCCCCUAACUGCAGAGAAUUACACGCUUCCUCCAGUCUAGAAGAUUAAAAGAACUAGAAGAGCCGAAAUCUAUUAGGAUGCUGUGAUGUGAGGGGAUUUAGCAGGAAAAAGCCACUAGGGAGAACCUGUGGGUCCAACCCCGUGUUUUUAUCCAUCUGCACUGGAGACAAACUCUGGGUCUAGCACAGCAGUGUUGUCAGCAUAUCUGUCUUGUUCUUCUCUGUAUUCCCAGUUGGCAGACAUUACAGACCACCUCUGUAUUCCCAGAUGCCGAGACUCUUGGAACCCAAGUACUUGGGAGUGCAGCUUACGUAUCAGUGUCUUUCAGGUUGCAGAAAAGAUGGAAAAAAGGACAUGUGCACUCUGCCCCAAAGAUGUCGAGUAUAAUGUGCUGUAUUUUGCACAAUCAGAGAAUAUAGCUGCUCAUGAGAAUUGUUUGCUGUAUUCUUCAGGACUUGUGGAAUGUGAGGAUCAUGAUCCACUUAAUCUUGAUAGAAGUUUUGAUGUGGAAUCAGUAAAGAAAGAAAUCCAGAGAGGAAGGAAGUUGAAAUGUAAAUUUUGUCAUAAAAGAGGAGCCACCGUGGGAUGUGAUUUAAAAAACUGUAACAAGAAUUACCACUUUUUCUGUGCCAAGAAGGACGACGCAGUUCCACAGUCUGAUGGAGUUCGAGGAAUUUAUAAACUGCUUUGCCAACAACAUGCUCAAUUCCCGAACAGCACUCAAAGUGCUAAGUUUUCAGGAGUGAAAAGAAAAAGAGGAAGGAAGAAACACCUCUCAGGCAAUCAUAUACAGUCACCCGAAACAAUGAAAUGUAGUACAUUCGUAAGACAAGUGAAAGAAGAGCAUGGUAGACACACAGAUGCAACUGUGAAAGUUCCUUUUCUUAAGAAAUGCAAGGAAGCAGGACUUCUUAAUUACUUACUUGAAGAAAUAUUAGACAAAGUUCAUUCAAUUCCAGAAAAACUCAUGGAUGAGACUACUUCAGAAUCAGACUAUGAAGAAAUCGGGAGUGCACUUUUUGACUGCAGAUUGUUUGAAGACACAUUUGUAAAUUUUCAAGCAGCAAUAGAGAAAAAAAUUCAUGCAUCUCAACAAAGGCGGCAGCAGUUGAAGGAAGAGAUUGAGCUACUUCAGGACUUAAAACAAACCUUGUGCUCUUUUCAAGAAAAUAGAGAUCUUAUGUCAAGUUCUACAUCAGUAUCGUCCCUGUCUUAUUAGGGAUUACCAUUUCCUAAGCCAGGAGUCAGGCUAAAUUGCAAUCGGGCUCAAAACCAGAGACCAGGCUGUGAAAUCCACACAUCUUUAGAACUAGUCAUUUCCUCUUGGCCCCGGCAGCUCUUCCAUGUUCUUGCUAGUUGAUAUUUUGAUCAUUCUUUGCACACUCUUACUUGUGUUUUUUGUUCACUGUCACAUUCCCAGCACCUAAUAUGCUCAGUAAAUGUUUGUAGAAUAAGUGCAUAAAAUGUUAUUAACCUUUGAUUCUAGUUACAGCCCAUGAUGCUUCUUAGAUAUAAUAAAUUUGGAUUAUACUACUUUACUUGUACCAAAUUUGCCUGUUUUCGUGUCACAAAGUCUGCUUUUGAAAAAUCCCUUUUCAGCCAUAGUUAUCAUGUUGGGAUUCAUCAUCUUCAAAACAAAUACCUAAAUUUUAAACUGGACUCUGAAUAAGAACAUUACCAGGAGUAUGCAAGAAUGAAAUAAAAUUGACAGUUAACAUUU